AUGAACAACGAAAGGGAAGGGGACGCUGCGGAGGGGGACGUGGUGAGAACGGCCGCGGGCAAGUCCUCCUCGCCUUCCACAAUUAGGAAGACCAGGAAGAGCAUUCAAAAGAAGGGGUGUGCUGAGCGAAACAAAAAUAAGCCACAUGUAAAGUACAAUAAUGGAGAGCUUAUUAAAGUAAUAAAAAAUUGCAAACAGAAUGACAGCAUCUUUGACUAUAUUGGUGGUAGUUAUAGAAUGUACUUUUUGCUCAAUCGGGGGAAUGGUGUGCAUGGACAGACACAAGUGGGAUGUGAUUCACCAGGUGGGAAGAGUGCGCACACCCCCUUUAUCUUGUUCGAGUCGAUAAAUGCCUUCGAACUGAAGAAACACCCAGCAAGCGAACCAGUGUUUUCAACAAUGUUUCAUAUGACCAAAGCUAAUAUGGAGCGUCUAUACAACGAGAGCAACUUUUUAAGUCGUGGCUGGUCAGAUGAGAAGAAAUGGAAGGAGCUGCGGAGUGACAGGUGUAAAUUGAUACUAGGUUUUGUACAUAAGCCUGAGGGUAGUGAAGACGGGGUCACAUCGGAUGAGCCAAACGUUACUGAGUCAGUUCUCGCGGGGGGGGAACCUCAUUUGUCCUUUCUUCAAAGGGUACACAACGCGAACGGGACGAAUGAACGCACGAAUGAGGACCGCACGCAGGACGUGCAUGAUUAUCUCACAAAACACGCCCUCGUAUGUUUUGUGCACUACAGACUGACGGCAGAUUACCCACCCAAUGAACACACAACCAUUUGCUACCUCUACGAAAUUCAAAUCGUGCCAGAGUUCACCAAAAUGGGAAUAGGCCAGCACCUCAUUAGCAUGUUGGAGGCUCUGUGCAGGAGAAUCAAUGUUCCUAAAAUUCUGUGCACCGUGUUGAAGAACAACGUAAAAGCGGUUUCUUUUUAUAAGACUAAGUGUUCCUUCCAGCUGGAUGAGAGCUCACCAGAUAACUUCACAUCGGACGACUCGGAAGAGGAGUGCGAGUACGAGAUAUUGAAGAGGGUAGUGUUCAGCUAG